AUGGCCAACAACCUCUCUGAUAAAGACAAGAAUGCUAUCGGACUUGCUGAAGUCGUGCCCCCUUGUUGCGAAGGCAUCGCAAGCAACUGCUGCGACGAGACGUGUCUGGAUGAGCUGGCUUUCCGUGAGUGUGACAAAGACGGCUGCGUUGAGAAUGUCCACGAGAUUGGCUCCACCACAGGCUUUACUAGACGCAAGGGCAUCGCUUGCGACAACCAUGUCAAGUCUAUUCGUCAGCGUUGGGCAACCAAACUCGAGACUCUGGGAUGUCUCUGCCGUUCGUUGUUGGCCAUGAAUCAGAGCACCUGCUGCACCUCCCUGCGUAAGCAACGCCCGACUGGAAGCACAAUUGUCUCAAGAGAAAGCUCUGCUGGUUGCCCCCAGAAGAAGGUCCCAUACAAUCGCUCAAUUUCUACAGGAGGUACCUCUAGUUCGGCUUCCCAGAAGGGACAGUCCAUGGGACCUAACAAGAAGGCUUGCUGCACCGGCAAGAUCAGCACUGCUUGCCGUGACGAAAGAGUUGUUCUCGAUGAAGCUCUAAUCAUCUCUCCAAUGUGCACCAAGACGCGCAGGGCUAGUUGCUGCGCAGAUAAGGUCGUCUCUCCAAUGAUCGUCGAGACUGUGGAUCCUGAACAGGGCACUUCUACCACUGAACAUGUCGUUAUCGGCAUCUCAGGCAUGACAUGCACCGGCUGCGAGACUAAGCUGAACAGAACACUUGGGAACCUGCCAAUUUCGAACCUCAAGACCAGCCUGGUUCUUGGUCGUGCCGAGUUUGAUCUGAAUCCUAGAGUGAUGUCCGCCACUGAUAUCGUGCUCCAUCUCGAGAGGACUACCGAGUUCAAAUGCACAGAGCUGACAACUCGUGGAUCUGAACUGCAUGUCAUUCCUGAGUCCGACAUGAAGACUUUCUUGAGACAGGACUGGCCAGAGGGAGUAACGGCUAUGGAGAAGACCAGCAAAUCAACUGUUCGUAUAUGCUUCGAUGCGAAGAUUGUCGGUGCACGUCAUUUGUUACAGGGGCUCCAGCCUUCUGCUAAGCUCGCACCACAGGACGGAGAUUCCAGUCUGUCGGCAGGCAGCAAGCAUGUCCGCCAUGUUGGCCUGACGACUCUGCUGUCCGCUGCCUUGACUAUCCCUGUCUUGAUACUAUCUUGGGCUCCGCUUGCCCCGAGACCUGUUGUCCAUGGCUCGGUAUCUUUAGCCUUGGCCUCUCUCGUCCAAAUCGUUAUUGCAGGCCCCUUCUAUUCAAAUGCACUGAAGGCAUUGUUUUUCUCACGCAUCGUUGAGAUGGACUUACUCAUUGUUCUGAGUACGAGCGCUGCCUACAUAUUCUCCGUCGUCUCUUUCGCUUACAUCUUGCGUGGCAAUCCUCUUUCCACUGGAGAAUUCUUCGAGACGAGUACACUUUUGGUCACGCUCAUCAUGGUAGGCCGCUAUGUCAGCGCUCUGGCUCGACAAAAGGCUGUCGAGUCGGUUGCGAUGAGAUCACUCCAGGACUCAAAGGCAAUACUCGUUACGGAAGACCCCAAUACGGAGGUUGAGAUUGAUGCCAGGCUUCUCCAUUACGAUGAUGUCUUCAAAGUCAUGCCAGACAGUCGGGUCGUGACAGAUGGUGUCGUGAUCUCAGGCGUGUCUGAGGCAAACGAAGCUAUGGUGACAGGCGAAUCCAACCCAGUCGAAAAAUCACCUGGGUCUACUGUGAUUGCAGGCUCAGUCAAUGGCUUUGGAACCUUACUCAUCCGCACUACACGUCUGACCGGAGAAAACACAAUCUCAUCUAUCGCUGAUAUGAUCGAUGAGGCCAAACUCUCGAAGCCCAAGCUGCAAGAUAUCGCUGACAAGGUUGCAUCCUACUUCGUGCCUGUGAUCAUCGCCUUGAGCAUCAUCACCUUUUGCAUAUGGAUUGCCAUUGGCACCGCGGUCCGUGGACAGUCUGCUUCUGAGGCAACUGUGCAAGCCAUUACCUAUGCCAUCACGGUCUUGAUCGUCUCAUGUCCUUGUGCCAUCGGUCUAGCAGUACCGAUGGUUGUUGUCAUUGCCAAUGGAGUUGCUGCAGAGCGAGGCGUGGUCUUCAAAUCCGCUCAUGUCGUUGAGCUCGGGUGCAAGGUCACUCAUGUUAUCUUUGACAAGACAGGUACACUGACCACAGGCGAGCCUGCCGUCGUGGCGGAAGAAUACCUUACUGGUGAUCCCGAGGUGGUGCGAUCCCAACUUCUUGGACUAGUCUCUGGCAUCAAGCAUCCCGUGGCUGUCGCUAUUGCUUCUCAUCUUGUCGAAAACGAGGUUGCUGCCGUUCAGAUCGCAAAUGUGCGAUCAGUGGCUGGUAAAGGCGUUGAGGCUGCAGUCAGCGAAGACACUACUAUUAGGGCAGGCAACUCGCGAUGGCUCGGUAUCGAAACUCACCCUCGAGUCCACAAUCUGCUCAGUCAAGGAUAUACCGUCUUCUGUGUCGAAAUUGGUGGCAGUUUAUGCGCCGUUUUCGGUCUACAAGACCAACCAAGAGCUGAAGCCGUCACUGUCAUCAAGACUCUACAAGAGCGAGGUAUAGUCGUGUCGAUUGUCAGCGGCGACGACAAGGAAGCAGUCGCGACCACCGCAUCACUUUUGGGCAUCAGCACCUUCCGCGCCCAGUGCAGUCCAGCCAACAAACGGGACUUCCUCCGAUCCAUCGCAAACGCACCUACAAACGGGAAGAAGUCCGUCACGCUCUUCGUCGGUGACGGUGCAAACGACGGACCAGCACUAGCCCAAGCGACCAUCGGCGUCCACAUCUCCCCUGCCUCAUCGACCUCAGACAUCGCCUCCGAUGCCGCACGUGCUGCUGCAGACGCCGUUCUUCUUCGCCCCACUCUUGAAGGGCUCUUGCUGUUGACCGCCAUCUCGAAAGCCGCCGUCCGAAGAAUCGCAUUCAACUUCCUUUGGAGUUUCGUGUACAACCUGUUUGCUGUCCUGUUGGCUGCUGGGGCCUUUGUCAGUGUGAGAAUCCCGCCCGAAUAUGCUGGGCUGGGCGAGCUGGUUAGUGUGGUGCCUGUUGUGGCCGUUGCCGUGAUGCUCAAGUGGGUGAAGUUUUGA